CUCGGCGCGCUUCCGUCCUCCCUCUCGCCUUUUCCCUUUCCCUGCCCCAGGCGCAGAUUAAUCUGCUCGUUCCUGCGCAGCUCGCAUCAAUCAACCCGCUUCAUUCCCAUCAUCCAGCCGGCUGGCCAGCCUUACCGACUGGACGCCAGGCCUCUUCCGACCGCAGCCACAGCCACGAGGACUCGGGUCGCACCGCCAUAGCACGUCCCCGGCCCCAUCUGUGUGCCCAUAGCGGAACGCAGAACAUCUGAGUGGCCCCGUCAACCAGCCUGACCCAGCACCGUCCUCCGCGGCACUGUACUCCCCCGUGCUUCCACGUGCCUUCCGCUGAGAUCAAGAUCACCUACUUGCGCGUCCAUUCCUCACCCUGCGGGCACCAAGCGCGAGUCUAGUCUGUGCGGUUCAUGAGCAUAUUAUAAUCGUCCUUUUCCUGGGCCCUCACCAUGUGGGCAGAGGUCAACGGCGAGAAAAAGAAGGUCGCUUGCGGCCCAUGCAUUCGAGGUCACCGCUCCUCAAAAUGCGACCAUCGCGAUCGGGUGCUGGUCGAGGUCCGCAAGCCCGGUCGACCUCUCAGCAGCUGUCCGCACCCCACUGGGUCGUGUAGCUGCGAGCGAGUCGUCAUCAACUACACCAUCCCCAAGUCCUCAGAAUGCGCCUGCCCAUCCGACGCUGCGUCGCCAGUGCUCGUGAACAAUGGCACCGGGCGCGUUCAGAAACCCCGUGGUCGCAAAUCUACCGCGACGACCUUCAAUACUGCCGUACUCGAAAAGGCAAUCAAGGCCGCCCAGGACGGCGAGACCGAUUCCUCAUCUCUUCUCACAGGAACCCCAACGAGCGAAAGCAACAAUGCGUCGAACCCUUCUAGUGCGAGCUCGACGCCACGACUAGCUCCACUGCAGAAGGAUGUCGAUCCAGUUAUCGCUCAAUCCUCCGCUCCAACUUCUCGACCUGCAACCUCCCAAGGUGUAUCCAGCUGCUGCAAACCUAAGCCCGUACAAGCGCAGAGUGGCAGCUGUUGCAGCAGCAAGGCAGCUCCACCGCCUCAGUCUGCGCCCGCGAAGAAGUCUUGUUGCGGAGGUUCCACUCCCGCUCAGCCAACGCAACCAUUAAUGCCACAACCUCAUAUGCCGCAGAACUAUCCACAACAUCUCUCCAACUUCACUCAGUACCCGACACAAUUUCCGACGCCGCCGUUUGGCAUGUCUCACCCUGGAAACAAUUUUAUGCAUACACAGCCGCCGUUCAACUUCAACACGCCGAUAUACAACCACAUGGCAUCUGGCUAUCAGCCGCCGGUAUCUAUGCCCAUGACACCAAUGAACGGACAUGCCGCACAUCACAACCCAGAACACAACUGUCACUGCGGUGAUUCUUGCAGCUGUUUCGGUUGCGCCGCACACCCGAACAACGCGACCAUGAUUGAAUAUGUCCGUUCCAUGCAUCAAUUCAUGAGCACAGGCCAGUUUGGUGCAAUGCCUCCGCCAACCUACGAUAUACCAUCUUAUCCUCACCAACCAGGAUUUGGUGCCGAAGCCAACGUCGCUUUGAACCCUAUGCAGACCACCUACCUCCCUGCCAACCAGAUGAACUUCCAGCCAAGCAUCAACACCAUGACCAUGCAGCAUCCACCAAUGAACCUACCAGGCCCAUGGCCACAUACUGCCAACCCGGGCUCCAUGCACAAUCCUCACACAACAGCGACUGCUUAUUUCGAAAAUGCCAACACUUCCAGCAACCCGGCACCAGCCCAUAGCAGGGAGUCCUCUGCACCCCUAAAGGUCGAAGAACAGGUGCAAAGCCCCACCUUUACCGACAGCCCAAGCGAAGGCAAAGAGGAGGACACUGUCACUUUAUCACCCUCGGCGUUCCUCUGGCAGGAGAUGGUGCUGCCUGGUUGCAAUGACGCGACAGGCACCUGCCAGUGCGGCGACGGUUGUGAGUGCGUUGGCUGUCUGACGCACGGCGGACACAAUGGUGUGGCUUUGGAGAUGAUGGAAGGCAAUGAACAGGAUACGUUUCCAGGGUUUGCUGCACCAGGAGACACCAAUUCCUCAAAUCAAUUUGCGGAGUUCUCGACUGCACCGACCUGAGACCCAAGCAAUUGGUCGAUCACAUCCAGAUUCUUGCUGAGCGAUGGCGCCCCCAACCUUCGCAGCUUGGUAGUCGCAGCAAUACCUGCAUCUGAUGUACCCAUAGAUUACCAGGUCUUAAACUGGUCCGGCAUGUUGGAGCUUCUAGUGAUCUGCUUCAAAUUUGCCAGCACAAGACGCUCUUACAUGUUCGACAGGCGCACGCUCUCACCCACAGCAUGCUUAAACGAGCUCCACGAAUCCACGACAUGCUUCUUUGUAUAUUUUUUCACCUUUGACGGAUUGAGCCCUUGCUCUUCAUACAUUGUUCCAAUUCGAUAUCCACGGGCAUGGUUGUUUCGGCAUAUUUCGCUCCUUAGGCACUGAUAUCAGGAUCCAGCGAAAACGCCCAUAUGGCGUAGUAUAGCAUACUGGCAUGCUUGAAUAUACCCCACUUUACGACAGCGUAGCCGCCGUCCU